UUGUCAAAUUCGUAAAAUCGGUAAAAUAGGGUGAAAUCAGAUAACCACGAAAAGUUGAAGUGUGAACAUACCAUCUGAGAAUCGAUCGGACAAACGGGAAGGUAUCUAGUCGCAAUGGCUUUUGGUGAUUAUCCGGCGGAAUAUAAUCCGAAGGUACAUGGCCCGUACGAUCCGGCCCGCUACUACGGCAAACCGGAUACCCCGUUCAGUCAGGUGAAACUAAACGAACUAGGCGCCUGGUUCGGUCGCCGUGACAAGAAUCCACGGGCUGCUGCUAGUGCCGUCAGCCGUGCUUUCUGGAGAUGGCAACAUAAAUACUGGCAGCCGAAACGCAUGGGAAUCGCUCCCUUCUUCCAAGUGAUUGUCGGUGGAAUGGUCUUUUUCUACACCAUUAACUACGGCAAGCUAAAGCACCACAGGAACUACAAGUACCACUAAAAGGUUGGGAAGCGGAAAAAAUGGAGCCAGAAUGCAGAAAAUGGUGUGUUAUGUAAGAUCGAACAUGGAAUGGCAUCUGGCUUCUCGAAGAUGUAGACAUGGUUUAAUACGGAAAUUCUACCAGGUAGGUUUCCAGUAAUUUUAUUCGAGAAAAAAAGAAAAAUUAUGUAAUUCGUGAAAAAUAAAUCUGUAGAGGCACCAGAAA